UGAAAAGGAAGACCUUGGGAGAAGGAGAACGACGCGUGAGGCGUCAAAGAGGCCGCUGUGACUCGGUGACAAUUCGACCUUCCAACGAGCUCGAAUUCUGGAGCAGAUAAUAGCAGUACGACACCCCCGUUGACCACGGACAGCCAGUCCUCAGAAUGGCAGUCAAGUUCCUGCUCCUCGUCUCGCGGCAGGGCAAAAUCCGGUUGACGAAAUGGUUUACAAGCGACUGGUCGGUCAAGGAGAAAGGCAAGACCGUUAAGGAUGUCAGUCAGACGGUCUUGGCGCGGAAGGCAAAGAUGUGCAAUGUGUUGGAAUACAAAGAUUUCAAAGUCGUCUACAGGAGAUAUGCGAGUUUGUUCUUUAUUGCCGGGACAGACCUCGAUGACAACGAACUGCUUACGUUGGAAAUCAUUCACCGCUACGUGGAGGUUCUUGACAAAUGGUUUCUGAACGUGUGCGAGCUAGAUAUCAUCUUCAACUACCAGCAAGCAUAUAUGAUAAUAGACGAACUCCUGAUAGGAGGGGAACUACAGGAGUCCAGCAAGCGGUCGGUCAUAAAUACGCUGAAACGGAUGGAGGAGACGGAGAAGCAAGAGCAAGUGGCGCUGUGAACCCCAACAUGAGAACAUCACGCGCUCAUCGUCAACCGAAAUCCUCACCUCGCUUUCUCGAUACCAUAGAGCCCGUGGUUAGUUAUGGAGGUUACUCAUCUGAGACGUGAGGGAAGUGGGGAUAAUGUUGCAAGACCGGGAAGGGAAGGAACCCAAACCUGGGUUAGCGUCGAAUUUUGGGAGCGAGCCUGUGGAUGUCCUGCUGAGUUUUGCAGGCAAAGCCAAUUAGUGCUGCCAAACAGCAAUGCUUACGACUCAAUCAAGAUCAUCUACACCAUCAAAGCUCUUUGCACGUGCCUGAGGAUUGGCGUGGCUACUUCAGGACUUUGAAAAAUGGAAUGAUGUUGAGGGUUAGG